AUAUUAUAUUUAUUGGCUAUUAUACUAUUUAGUGAGGAAAGGUGCAAAUCACCCAAAUAACUGACACUUUUGAGUACUAAUUGAGUAAUUUGUAGCAGUAGGGAUAGUACUUUCUCCAAUUAGGAAGAAAAUUAAUGUGUGUUACAUACUUUUUUUUCCAAUAAUUAAGUAAAUAAGGUAGAUCUUGGAGGCAUUUGAAGAAAAAAUAAUUAAAGAUUAAGAAAAAUGGAGUUUGAUACAAAUCCCAUUAAUCAGUGUUCAAAAGAACAUGAGAAGAUCUAUCAACAAUGGUUCAAUUUUGCUGAUUCUGAUGGAGAUGGACGUCUCACUGGUGGAGAUGCCACAAAGUUCUUUGCCAUGUCCAAUUUGCCUAGACCAGAUCUCAAACAGGUGUGGGCAAUUGCAGAUUCCAAACGACAAGGUUUUCUCAGUUUUAGAGAAUUUAUUGUUUCAAUGCAGUUGGUCUCUUUGGCGCAGGCUGGCCAUGCAGUAACGAAUGAUCUUUUAAAUGCUGAUGUUGACUUUGAGAAUUUGCCACCUCCUACAAUGGAAGGUCUGGAUGUUCUUCUUGCAAAGAAGAAACUGAUGCCUAAAAGCGAAGCUGAUCAGACUGGUAGUGCUCCUGUCCAGGCUGCACCAGCAACUAGUUGGUUUUCAUCAUCAAAAUCUUCGAAGAAGAUCUCUUUAAGCUCUGUCACAUCAAUAGUAGAUGGACUGAAGAAGUUGUACAUCCAAAAACUAAAGCCGCUAGAAGUCGCAUAUCACUUUAAUGAUUUUGUCUCUCCUUUGUUGACGGAUAGCGAUUUUGAUGCCAAGCCGAUGGUGAUGCUUUUGGGUCAAUACUCCACAGGCAAAACAACAUUCAUUAAGCAUUUACUCAAAAUGAGUUAUCCAGGGGCUCACAUUGGACCAGAGCCUACAACAGACAGAUUUGUGGUUGUUAUGAAUGGGCCUGAUGAAAGAAGUAUUCCGGGAAACACGAUUGCUGUUCAAGCAGAUAUGCCAUUUAGCGGUCUGACAACUUUUGGAACUGCAUUUUUGUCAAAGUUUGAAUGUUCUCAAAUGUCGCAUCCUUUGUUGGAGCAUUUUACAUUGGUGGAUACUCCCGGAGUUUUAUCUGGGGAAAAGCAGAGAACACAGAGGAGCUAUGACUUUACUGGUGUGACUUCCUGGUUUGCGGCCAAGUGCGAUCUCAUCCUUCUUUUGUUUGAUCCUCACAAGCUUGAUAUAAGUGAUGAAUUCAAACGUGUCAUUGCUUCUCUUCGAGGCCAUGAUGAUAAGAUACGUGUGGUCUUGAACAAAGCUGACCAAGUUGAUACUCAACAACUUAUGAGGGUUUAUGGAGCAUUAAUGUGGUCUUUGGGUAAAGUUCUCAAUACUCCUGAGGUCGCUCGCGUCUACAUAGGAUCAUUUAAUGACAAACCAAUGAGAGAAGCUGCAACAGGACCUCUUGGAAAAGAACUUUUUGAAAAGGAACAAGAUGAUCUCCUCACGGACUUGAAAAACAUACCGAAGAAGGCUUGUGAUCGUCGUAUCAAUGAAUUUGUAAAACGUGCUAGAGCUGCCAAGAUACAUGCUUACAUAAUCGGUCAUCUCAGAAAAGAGAUGCCUGCUAUGAUAGGCAAAGCCAAGACUCAGCAAAGACUCAUCGAUGAACUGGAAACCGAAUUUGGAAAGGUUCAAAGGGAAUUCCAUCUCCCUGCUGGGGAUUUUCCAAAUGUCGAACACUUCAGGGAAGUUCUCAGCGGUUAUAGCUUUGACAGAUUCGAGAAGUUGAAGCCUAAGAUGAUACAAGAUGUCGACGAUAUGCUUGGUUACGACCUCCCUGAACUUCUCAAUAAUUUCAGGAAUCCAUAUGACUAACGCGACUUAGAGCUGGUAGAAUCUGAAGUUGUUACUGCCUGAGUUUGGUUUGUUAUACAACUAAAGUCGUUGUAUCUUGUAUGUUGUAACCGUAUUCCAUUUUGGUCUCUCACAUUGAGAAUUUUUCUACAAACAAUUUUGGGUUCAACUGGUACCAAUGAACACAUACAUACAUACAGCUGACAAUUAUGGUUGCACAUAAAACAUAUAUUCUUGAGAAUUUUGAAUA